AUGGUGAAAGGAAAACAACUCCUGAAAGCUGUGAAUGGUAAACUCUAUCCUGUUGAAACCGUGAAUACAAGUACAGCGACCCCCGUUCCAGAAGACGAGGUAAUUACAAUGGAUGGCUAUCCAGAGUCUCGACUAGUUGUUGCAAUUAAUGGAACAAUCCCAGGUCCGGCGAUCGAAGCUUACAUCGGCCAAACUGUGAUUGUCCAUGUUGAAAAUCAACUAUACUCUAGUGGUGUUACGAUUCAUUGGCAUGGAUUGCACCAAAGAGGCACACCCUUCAUGGACGGGGUUCCCUACGUAACCCAAUGUCCUAUAGGUCCAUCACAGUCGUUUGCAUAUAAGUUUAAUCUUACACAAACCGGGACAUACUGGUAUCAUUCUCAUAUUGGCACUCAAAGGACCAUGGGACUCUAUGGCGCAUUUAUUAUUAGAGAAAGGAAGACUAUGACAACACCAGAACAUAUUAUGGUUAUUAGCGAUUACAAUCAUCACUGGGAAUCCGAUGUAGCUUACCUUAAGAUGGUGCAUGGUAUGUACGUUAACCAGAAACAGAUUGGAAACACUGGUUCAUUGGACGGAUCGCUCUUCAGUCUUUUCAAUUUUCAUUCUGGUCUGGUAAAUGGUCGUGGACGAUUCUAUAGUCAACCAAGCAUUCAUAACGAAGCACCUCUUGCUAAAUUCAAUGUUGAACCAGGAAGGAAUUAUCGUUUCAGAGUCAUAGCGGCUGGUGCUCUGUAUCCGUUUGAGAUUUCUGUUGAUGGUCACAAACUGCAGAUUGUUGCUUCGGAUGGUUGCGAAGUGGAGCCAUAUGUAGCAGAUAUCUUCGUAAUAAACCCUGGAGAACGGUUUGACUUUAUUAUAUCAGCGAACCAAACAACUAGAAACUAUUGGAUCCGGGGAAUAACUACGGAAGUUAAAAAGAACCACACGUUUGAAGCUAUUCUUCAUUACGAGGGUGCUCCUGAUGAAGAACCGAAUUCAUCACCAAAGAAUUGCACGCAAGAUGAUCCCUGUGAGGUUUUAAAUUGCGCAUUUUCAUUUUAUCCAAUUGAACAACACCGAAAAUGUAUCUUAUUAUCUGAAAUGAACUCUGCUUUUGAUUAUGAAGUGCCUCGUGUCGUACCUGGGAAAUGGAAAGAAUACUUUUUAAAUUUCGCUUUUCCGGGUGAACCUGGUAACACUCCAGGGUCAGUGAAUGGACGAAAAUACGCGGAGCCCUCCGUAAAUCCACUCUACCAACCCAACGAAGUAGAUACAUUAUGUGACAAGAAAGACUGCGGGGUUGAUAAGAUAUGCUUCUGCACUUAUUCUGUAAAUGUAAAAAAGGAUGAUACUGUUCAGAUGGUCUUCCUAAACAUGGGAGGGGGAAAAGGUUACCAUCAUCCAAUUCACAUGCAUGGACACUCAUAUGCAGUUGUUAAAAUGGGUUAUCCAGUUUUUAAUGAAACCACUGGUGAAACGAUAGCCGAUACUUCCGAUGUUGACUGCCGUGGUGAUCCAAAGAAGAAUUAUUGUAAUGAUGCCGCCUGGACCAACAGCAACUGGGGUGGUGAUAACAUCCCUGGGAUUAAAUUAAAAAAUGCUCCAUUGAAAGAUACUAUCAUUGUACCCUCGGGUGGUUAUGCUGUUAUUCGUUUCAAGGCCGAUAACCCAGGUCUGUGGUUUAUGCACUGUCACAUUGAAAUUCAUAGUAUGGACGGAAUGGCAAUGAUCCUAAAUGAAUCUUUACCUGACGUGGCCAAAGCUCCGAAUCAUUUACCUGUUUGCCGAAGUUUCACACCUGAAGCAAUCAGUCGGAUACCAGCUGUAGCAGAAGCCGAGAGAACAUCGGACAAUACGACACCAUUUAUUAACACUAAAGCCGAAUCUGAAGAAGAUCGGCAAGUUGAAAAAAUGGCUUUUGGUAUUCUUAUUGCCGUCAUCUGCAUCCUCUCUUUGAUCAUCAUUGUUUUAAUUGUCGUGUUGACAAGGAGAAGCCAUCAACGAAAUAUUCACACGAUCAAUGGUUCGACAAAUCUAAGUUUUACAAACUGA